AUGAACCUAGAAAGUCUUAGUUCCCGGCUUCACUGGACGCCCUCAAGUGGUUAUCCGGAUUCAACAACCACUACCAAGUCGAUUGCAACAGAGCAUGUACCAGAUUUAGCCCUCCUGCUUUCCAAUGCAGUUGCCAGCUUAGCCACCCAAACUUACCGACUCGACCUCAUAUCACUUUCCCAGGCAGCCAGAGGUGCUCAGGCUUCGUUGACUGCCAUCAGUGCUCAACAGGUUUUGGCUACAGCUACAGAUCUGCUGGUGUUGGCGGACGCUACAGAAGCAUUGUUCCAUGCCUCAUGGAAUUUGAAAGUCUUGAAGGACGAUAGGAACAACUACCAUUAUGAACUCAAUCGGGGAGGCAAUAUAUUCUUCUUCAUUGUUUUUUGCAUUAUUUUUGUUUACACGACGGGCAUGUUGGUGUGGUCAAGGUACCACUGGUAUAACAUUACCUUCUUCUGUGGGUUUGCUUUGCAAGUGUGCGGUUUCUUGGGUAGAAUUCUUGCCUUUAGUGAUACUGCUAAUCUAGAUUUCUACUUGUUGCAAUUCGUUUCACUUACCUUAUCGCCGGCCUUUAUCAUGGCAGGAGUGUACUUUUUGUUUGCACAGGCGGUCAUUUUGUACGGCAGGUCCUAUUCGGUUUUAAAGCCAAUGUGGUACUCUUACUUUUUUAUCACCACUGACUUCUUGUCGCUUGUUGUGCAAGGUGCUGGUGGAGGUGCUGCUUCCAUAGCUACCAAGGAGCAGCGUGAUCCUUCUCCUGGUACAUGGACCAUGUUCGGUGGUGUUCUUUUCCAAGUCAUAGCCAUGUCCAUCUUCCUAAUCUUCUGGUUUGAAUUUCUUAAUCGCUUAUAUUACAAAGAUGCCUCUCGGAUAGAGGAAGAUCAUCCUAUGAAGAAAUGGAGUAUAAUGAACAGCUUAAAGCUUUUGUUCCAUACCAAAUCUGCUCGGAUUUAUAAGGAAAAGUACUUGGAGCCUUUCUACAAUCCUAGAUACAAAGAGAUUCGUUCUCGCUCCUUGGUGCCUUAUCUCCCAUUAGCUCUCACCACAGCUGUUAUUACAAUCUACAUCAGAUGUAUAUAUAGAGUCGUGGAAUUGAAACAGGGCUUCAAUGGCUACUUGAUACGGCAUGAAGUUUUCCUCAUGACACUCGAUGCAUCUAUGGUCGCAAUAGCUGGGUUGAUCUUCAUACCUUUCCACCCUGUACUUGUAUUUGGCAAGAAAAACGUCCUCAGAUUGGCUACAAUUAAGCGGAAUAGAGAUGAAGAUAACGAAGAAAAAGGUGACUUGACAAAGAACGAAAGCCUGGAGAAUGAGAGAAAGCUGCUGGAUAGUCCUUCGUGA